UACAGAUGGUGGGUCGUGUUGUGGGUACUUAAUUCCGUAUGUAUAUACAGAGCCAGAGCCAUCAGAUCAGAGCUACCAAGGAGUAACGAGGCAUCAAACCAUCAGACGCUCUUCGGCGUUGUUGUUGAGCGGAUCAUUCGUCUGCCUUGGCCUGGAAUUCGCGGAUUUUCUCUCUCUUUUUCCCGGGGAGUGUCACACUACUUCACUUGUGAAUUGCUCGCGGUUGAAGCCAACAACGGACUCUCAUGUCCUCGUUUUAUCGCUGAAUCGUUGACAGCAAGUAAACUGAUUAACCGGAGCGGCUGGAAAAAUUAUUCUUGUGUUCUGCUGCGUCAUUGAGAAUUUCAAUCAUCGCGUAUCACUUACAUGUGUCAUUUGUACAACAACCAUCUACCGUAUUUGUUGCUAGAUAUCGCCAAUUAAAAAGGUCUACGACUCACAGUAGGAGUUUAACAUCAAAGUAAAGUGUCCCAAAGGGGACUCAGCAGGAGAAGAAAGUAGAGGACGGUGCUAGUUGUAAAGUCGGAGACCUAACCAUGAGUGAAGACUGGGAGAGCUGGGCAUCGAUCAUUCGAUCAUGUCUGUGCUCGUCCAAAACACCUCUGACCCCAAUGGAAAUCAACCAGGACGUGAGGACCCUGGAGGGCAAAAACAUCCCUUAUCGACGAGCUUUUGGGUACAAUACGCUAGAGGAAAUGCUGCGAAAUAUCGCUGAUCUCAGAGUAUUUCAGCAAAAUGGACAGCUUGUAGUAUCUGUGGUUCAAAAUGAAAAAACGUCACAUAUUCAAAAAAUGGUUCGCUUUCAGAAACAGAAAAAGAAAAAACCACGCACGCUUCCAUCAUUUUACAAUAAGAAUCAAUAUUACGUAAAGAAAAAGAAUUAUGGAACUGUGCCACAAAAUCGACAUAAUACCCAGCAGCAAGGGAACAAAUUUUCCGCUCCUAAUUACAGUUACAAUAGAACUACAUCACUUCCAAACGCCCAUUCGUGGCAGACACCACAACAAAGUAAGCCGCCUCCUGUGUCCAUCCCACCUAAGCCGAUUAUACCAAGCUCAGUGGCUCCUCUUUUAUCCGCUACACCGGCAGCAUUGCGACAACCGAUAGCAACACAACGUCCACUCAGUGACAAAACCUCUGUACCGUCUAUACCAUCUGUACCUCCUGUACAAAAACAAACAAAAACUCCACAAGCAAUUGAAAUUCAAAAGCCAUUGUCAGUACAGCAAAGACUGCAACAAGUUCAAGUUACUGCUCCCGUGCCUCUUUCCGCUCCUGUAAUUCUACAAACCAAUACAGAAAAACCAGAGGAAAAAUUCAAGUUCCUGAAUAAUUCUCAAAAUGUGCCAAAACCAAAGACAUUAAAUGUAUCCGAAAGACUAGUUGCUGCGAAAAAUGGCACCUCGGUUUUACCAUUCUUAAGUGACGAUCCUCGAUUGAAUCUGCUGAAAUAUACAACGGUUCGAGGAUUAAAAGAGCCUAUCUACAAGGACAUAGGCCCAACCAAGGCAGAUAAAAAUAUCUACAGCAGUGUUUUGAUUGAAAAGGAUAAAAAGUAUAGUUCAUAUCCACAAGAAGCCAAAACAAAGGAUGAAGCCGAAAAAAUCGCAGCUAGAUUAGCUUUGGAGAAACUUUUAUUAGAAGAGAAAAGUCCCAAAGUGAUAACCCUAGACAUUAACUUGAUGAUUAAAAGAGUUAUAAAGAUUGUCAAUGAACAUCCCACGGGGGGGAUGACCGAAAUUGGUGUAGUCGAUGUUUAUAAAAAACAAUUCAAUGAAGGGUUGCCUCAUGAGUGGUUAAAAUAUGUAGAAAAUGACAUUAAAGUAGAAAGAACUCUAUCUGUUCAAGACAUAUGCAUCUUAUAUCCUCGCAAAGAAAGUAUGCCUACGCUAAUAAGUCCAGUCCUACCAUCUGAGCCAGAUUCAGUGAGGUAUCAGGACCUGGAAGAAUUUUACCUUCACGUUUACGUCGCCUACAGUGUAACGGAAAUUUGGGGUAUCAUCAACGAUGAGAAUUACAGCGAUCAAAUUUUGGAAUUAAGCUACUUGAUGGGCGAUUUCUACAGUAAGAAUGUCGCUAUGGUCUCACAAAUAGCGAAUGGCUCUUACUAUGCUGUUUUUGACAAUGAAUGGCAUAGAGUACGCUGCCUAAAGUAUGAUGAGCAAACAAAAGAAGUCACAGUGUGGUUCAUUGAUCGAGGAGAUGAAGACGUGUACCCUGCGAAUCGUUUAAGGCCUCUUGCACCUGAAUUCUGCACACUGCCCGCGCAAGCAGUGCGAGUAUCGAUGGAGGGAUUGGAGUUGUUUGAUGAUUUGGCUGAUAUCACUAAUGAUUUAGAUGAUUUACUACUUGAAAAGGAUAUACUGGUCAUAAACAAAACGUUGGACUCGGAUUCUGUCAGUAAUAGGAAUCAGAACGUUCUUUCGGCGGAACUCUUACUUACGUCUGAUGGCGAUAUUCAGACUCGUCUCAAUGACCACGUGAGAGAUAUAAUUUUGAAAAAAAUUGAUCCAACCUACCACUUAUCAUCUGAUAAAGUUUCUCAAGAAGCUUAUAUAUCAUGUGUUACUGCUGAUGCAGUCUAUGUGCAAUUAGCUUCCAAAGGAAAAAAGCAAUUAGACGAAUUAAUUAAAAACGUUGCCAAAGAAUUUCUAGACAAUGUUUACUUCAAACCCCGACCUGUCUUGAGUCUCAAUCCUUCCAAAUUGUAUAUGGCCAAGAGUGUAGCAGAUAAACUCUGGCACAGAGUAAAACUGAUCGAAAUUAUUAAUGAUAAUGAAGCGCGGGCUUUUUGCGUCGAUGAAGGUAACGAAAUGACUGUUAAAAAGACUGAAUUGGUUUCUUUAGAGGAUCUUCCAGAACUGUUGAGUCUGUUCCCGCAUCAGGCGGUUAGAGUAAUUUUAUUCAAGAUUGGCAAUUCUUCGAUUACUUUUGAUGAAAAAGUAGUGAAUCGUCUUCGCCAAUUAGCGCCUAAGACUGAAAUAUUUUACAUGAAAGUAUUUGAUGUAUGGGAAAAUGUUCCAGUAGUCGUGUUCUACAAGAGAACUCAAGAAAACAAUUUAUUAGCUUCUUUAAAUGACAAUUUAGUAGUAGGAAUGGAGCUGUCAUCAAAGGAUAGUAACAAUAAUAAUAACACCAAACGUAUUAGAAAUGAAAAGUCAUCUGUAGAAACAAAAAGUGACUUUCCACUGGAAUCACCAAAUAUUCCCGCGAUCGGAAAAGAAUUUGAUGUCUACGUCACAAUGGCAGCUCAUCCAAGCAAUUUCACUGUGCAACCGUUAAGCAGUGCUAAAGCUCUCGAGAAUCUGAUGACAGAAUUGUCAAGAGUGUGUAAUAAAUAUACUGGUCCCCCUCUUACGUUCAACAACGUAAAACCUGGGAACAUUUAUGCUGCAAAAUAUGAUGGUGAUUCUAGGUGGUACAGAGGGUACGCUUCAAAAAUCCUCAACAAGAGUAUUUGCGUUAUUUACUAUUGUGAUUAUGGAGAUUUUAGAACAGUAACUAUGGAUCAGUUACAGCCCCUUGAUAAAAAGUUUUUGUCAUUACCCUACCAAGCCAUUAAGGCAAAAUUGUACGGCAUAACUCCAGUUUUGAAUGACUGGUCGGUUGGCGACUCUUUGCGUUUUCGAGAUUUAAUCGUUGAAAAGUCAUUCGUUUCUAUUGUCAAGUCCCAAGAACUCGACUGUACUAAUGUUAACGAGAUCAUAUUGGGCCUGGAGCUAGUUAACACGAGUUCAUCGGAAAAUAUUUACAUUUCCAAUAUUCUAGUUAAAGAGAAGAGGGCAGAAAAAAAAGUUUUCUCGUCUGAGACAUGAAAAAUUUGCGAGAAAAAAUACGUGAUUAAAAAGUAUUAUAUCAAACGUUACGUUCUUCCUUUUUAUAUUGUUUCUUAAAGUAAAUUUAAUAUGUUAAAACGAAAUGGAAAAUAACGAAUUUAAUGUUUGUACAUUGUAAGGAAAAGAAAAUAUAUUUUUUGCAAUAUAUUGAAUAAAAUUUUAUCA